ACAUGUCUGGACGUGGUAAAACCGGUGGUAAGGCCAGAGCCAAGGCUAAGACUCGCUCUUCCCGCGCCGGCCUUCAGUUCCCAGUGGGUCGUGUCCACAGACUGCUUCGUAAAGGUAACUAUGCUGAGCGUGUUGGCGCUGGCGCUCCCGUCUAUCUGGCUGCUGUGUUGGAGUAUUUGACGGCUGAGAUCCUGGAGUUGGCUGGAAAUGCAGCCCGCGACAACAAGAAGACCAGGAUCAUCCCCCGUCAUCUGCAGCUGGCCGUCCGUAACGAUGAGGAGCUCAACAAACUCCUUGGUGGCGUGACCAUCGCUCAGGGUGGUGUCCUGCCUAACAUCCAAGCUGUUCUUCUGCCCAAGAAGACUGAGAAACCCGCCAAGAAGUAAAGCUGCAUCUCUGAGAC